UAAUCACGCUCUUAGUAUUUUUAAUGAUUUUCGCUUUCCUGAUAACUCUUCUAAGCUAUUGUUUACUAUGGAUGUCAAAUUUUUGUAUACUGUUAUUCCUAAUGAUGAGGGCCUUCGUGCUCUUCAGCAUUUUUUCGAUCUUCGUCCUGUCCUCGAGCCCAGCACUCCCACUUUGUUACGCUUAGCUGAACUUGUUCUUACUCUUAAUUGUUUUUCUUUCGGUGAUCGGUAUUAUCGGCAGGUAAACGGUGUUGCUAUGGGUACUAAGAUGGGCCCUAGUUAUGCCAAUUCGUUUGUUGGUUAUAUCGAAAACCUUGUUUUUCAACAAUAUACUGGACCUAAACCUGAGUUUUUUGGACGGUAUAUUGAUGAUUGUAUUGAUGCUACAUCUUGUUCUCGUAAUGACUUAGAUUCUUUCAUCUCUUUUGUUAACUCUUUUCACCCUGCCUUAGACUUWACGUGGGAGGUUAGUGAAACAUCAGUCACUUUCCUUGACAUCUUGCUUAGUGUUAAUGACGACCGUCUUAGCACUAGUGUCCAYUACAAACCUACUGACUCUCAUUCUUAUUUACUCUACUCGUCUUCKCAUCCUAAGCACACUCUUAACGCUAUUCCGUUCUCGCAAUUUCUUCGUCUUCGUCGUAUGUGUAGUGAUGAUCUUGAUUUUUCUGCUAAAUUUUAUGAGAUGCGUUCCUUCUUCCUUAAGCGUAAUUAUCCUGCUCAUGUUAUUGAUCGCGCCAUUCGCAAAGUUUCUUCUAUUGMUCGUACCACCGCACUCACUCCUCACACUCGUCCCUCUAAUGAUCGCAUUCCUUUCACUCGGCUUACGUAUCAUCCUAUUAACAAUUCCAUUAAACCCAUUGUUAACCGCAACUUUUCUCUGCUUGACUYUGAUACUCGCACUUCUGCUAUUUUCAACAACCGCCCUCUUUUUUCUUAUAAACGUGAUCGUAAUCUUCGUUCUUUCUUGGUCAAGGGGGUUCUUCCCUCCAACAAAGAACCUGUCGGUGACAAUUGUACAAUGGAGAGCAAAAUGCACAUUUGUCUUCGCGUUUUGCGCAAGGAUAACAAGAGCCGUUUUACAUCGUAUUCCAUCGAGGAUGUCCCAAAUAUUGACAACGUGCAGGCGCUAAAAGAUUAUCUGCUUGAGCGCUGUUCAGACGAGUUAAAGGAUUCGGAAAAUACGAAAAAAGCGACUAAAAAUGCUGUUGCUACUCUCCUCGCCUUUUGGUAG